GCCGGGACGGGAGCCGAGAGCCGCUGCCCACCGCGCCUGCGACAGCGUCACCCCUGCGCGGAGCGCCGGCCCAUGGCGGCGGCGGCGGCGGCGGCGGCGGCGGCGAUGGCCAUGGCCGAGCAGGAGGGCGCCCGCAACGGCGCCCGCAACCGCGGCGGUGUCCAGCGCGUGGAGGGCAAGCUCCGCGCCAGCGUCGAGAAGGGCGACUACUACGAGGCGCACCAGAUGUACCGGACCCUGUUUUUCAGGUACAUGUCACAGAACAAGCACGUGGAGGCCCGGGAGCUCAUGUGCUCGGGAGCCCUGCUCUUCUUCAGCCACGGCCAGAACAGCGCGGCGGACUUGUCCAUGCUGGCCCUGGAGUCGCUGGAGAAGGCCGAGGUGCAGGUGGCCGAGGAGCUGCUGGAAAACCUGGCGAAGCUCUUCAGCCUCAUGGACCCGAAUUCCCCGGAGCGGGUGGCCUUUGUGUCCAGAGCCCUGAAGUGGUCCAGCGGCGGGUCCGGGAGGCUGGGCCACCCCCGGCUGCACCAGCUGCUGGCCCUCACCCUGUGGAGAGAACAAAACUACUGCGAGUCCCGGUACCACUUCCUGCACUCCACCGACGGCGAAGGCUGCGCCAACAUGCUGGUGGAGUACUCCGCCGCCCGGGGCUUCCGCAGCGAGGUGGACAUGUUCGUGGCCCAGGCCGUCCUCCAGUUUCUCUGUUUAAAAAACAAGAGCAGCGCGUCGGUGGUGUUCACCACAUACACCCAGAAGCACCCGUCCAUCGAGGACGGGCCUCCGUUCGUGCGGCCGCUGCUCAAUUUCCUCUGGUUCCUGCUGCUGGCCGUGGACGGGGGCAAGCUGACCGUGUUCACUGUGCUGUGCGAGCAGUACCAGCCGUCCCUGCGGCGGGACCCCAUGUACAACGAGUACCUCGACAGGAUAGGACAGCUCUUCUUCGGGGUGCCGCCCAAGCAGACGUCUUCCUACGGAGGCUUGCUAGGGAACCUCCUGAGCAGCCUCAUGGGCUCCUCGGAGCAGGAGGGCGAGGACAGCCAGGACGACAGCAGCCCCAUCGAGCUGGACUGACGCCGCCCUCCGCCGGCGCGGCUCCGGGGCCGAGGCUGCAGCAGCUGCGCGUGGCCUCCGAUUGACCCCCAAUAAAGCACAGGCCUGCGGGCCGCCCCCCCAGCCUGUGUUUCUGGUUUGCUUUGGGUGCAGGGGCACUGCCGCUGGGCCGUCCCCACGUGCGCGUCCCGUGGUGGCCGGUGGCCCCGUGCCACACCCCGGGCACCGUGGCUGCUGCCGGGCCCUGUGUACACGUCCAGAGGUUGCAGGUGGCGCCUCGUGGUGCCGUGUCGGUUCCCCGGGCGGCGCUGCCUCCGCCCCGCGUCCUAGGUUCCAGCCACACGACCAGCCCAGGAGCGAGUGGGCGGCCCGGCCAACGGACUCACGGCCGCAGGCGCUCCCCGGCGAUGGAGACAGGACACGCUUUAUUUUUUCACAAUUAAAACUAAGACUUGUAGAUUAAUGCACAGUGAUCAUGCAUGGAAGAUGCAACGUAUGCAACUCUAUUCACUGUAAAAAUGGGAUUUAAAGGAAGGUUUGUGUUAAUUGUUGAGUUUAAAUAAACCCUUUAUA